UUCAAUUGCCGGGAAACUCUCUCUCUCUCUCUCCCUCCACUUUCAUGAACUCCAUCACCUUCAACUCGCUCGCCAGGUUCAUGCGCUUCCCUCCGGGAAAGGUCGUCCGCAUCGGCUCCUUCCUCUCUCUCCCCUCGACGACGACGACGACGACGCUUCCCCUCCCGCUUUUCCCGGGAGACAAGCCUGCCCUCCGUUCGCUCUGCUCCUCGCGCUCCCUCGUCGACGUGCCGACCCUGACGGAGCUGGUGUCGAAGCAGCACUACUCGGAGCUCAAGGCACGCCUCCGGGGCUCGGGCUCCGACCCCGCCGCGAUCCUCCGACAAUUUCUCGAUUCCGGGUCCGACCCGGAUCUCGCUCUCAGGUACUUCAGAUGGUCCCGGGACGAGCUAGGGCUCUCCCACCCGCUUGAGCUCACUUUCAGGCUCGCGCACUCGCUGGCGGAUGCCAAGAAGUACCCGAAGGUGAGGUCUUUCUUGGAUGAAUUCGUGAGGGUGAGCGAUGGGGACACGGUUUCUUCGAUAUUUCACUCCAUAUCGAAUUGUGGCGGCGGGUUCUGCAAUGGGUCGAUCAUCGUUGACAUGUUGGUGUGGGCAUAUGCGAAGAAUGGGAAGACCCAGAUGGGUUUUGAGGCAUUUAAGCGGGCUGGUGAUUAUGGGUAUAAGCUGUCGGUUGUUUCUUGUAACCCAUUGAUGAGUAAUUUGGCGAACGAGGGGGCGGUUGGGGAUUUGGAGUGGGUUUAUAAAGAGAUGAUCAGGGGGAGGAUUAAGCUCAAUGUGGUGAGUUUCAAUACGUUGAUAUCGGGCUUGUGUAAAGCUCGGAAAUUGAACAAGGCUCGUGACGUGGUCGAAGACAUGAAGGCUUGCGGGGUAUCCCCGAACGUGGUCACUUACAAUGCCCUCAUUGAUGGACACUGUAAAAGCGGGGGAUUGACCAGAAUGUAUAAGGCAGAUGCAACUCUAAAGGAGAUGAUCGAGAGCAAAAUCCGCCCUAAUGAGAUUACAUACAAUAUUCUCAUGGAUGGAUAUUGCAAGGACGAAAAUAUGGUAGCUGCAGUUAAGGUAUUCGAGGAAAUGCAGAGGCAAGGAUUGAAACCUAAUCUUGUCACGUAUAAUUCUUUGAUCAAUGGGCACUGUAAUAGUGGGGAGAUUAGUAAGGCUGUUAGCUUGCGAGAUCAAAUGUUGAGUUCUGGUUUGAAACCAAACAUUAUCACCUAUAAUGUGCUCAUACAUGGGUUUGGGAAGAAUGGUAUGUUUAAGGAAGCUAAAGAGAUGCUUGAUGUCAUUGAGAAAGAAGGGUUGGUUCCCAAUGUGGUCACAUUCAACAUUCUAAUUGAUGCUUGCUGUAACAGUGGAAAAAUUGAAGAAGCAUUCUUGAUUCAUGCUUCAAUGGCGAGCAAGGGUGUUCUCCCUGAUAUUUUAACAUAUAAUAGUUUGAUUACUGGUCUAUGCAGAGAAGGGAAAAUGGAUAAGGCUGAGAAACUGUUUGGGGAGAUGAAGGAUAACAGCUUAAAGCCCAAUGUGGUCACGUAUAACAUAUUAAUUGGUUCAUUGUGCAAGAAGAGAGAGUCUAGAAAGGCACAUAGGCUCUUGGAUCGUAUGGUUAAAAUUGGUUUGAGUCCCAAUCAUGUGACUUAUGAUACUCUAAUGGAUGGAUAUUGCACAGAAGGGAAUCUCAGAGCAGCAGUGAAGGUUAGGGAACUAAUGCAGAAAGAAGGGUUGCGAGCAAAUAUUGCUACAUUUAACGUGUUGAUUAAGGGUUUCUGCAAGCAGGGAAAACUAGAAAAUGCAAAUAGCCUGCUUAAUGAAAUGUUGGAGAGAGGCAUGGUGCCAAAUCGAACUACCUAUGAUAUAAUUAGAGAGGAGAUGUUAGAUAAGGGCUUUGUACCAGAUAUAGAUGGGCACAUGUAUAAUGUUUCGGGCUGACCAAUCACAAUACUUGAAGGAGACAGCCAUUUUUGUUUCAUAUUGCCUGUGUCUGGUGGGAUUUCACAAGCUAUUGUGCCAAGGAAGCAGUUAGAUGAACCAUGGGAGAGCAAGAAUUCACAGAACUGUCAUCUUGGCAUGGCUAAUGCACUGGAGGUUCAAAAUCAUCCCCUCCAAUAAGUUAAGAUGGUUGUUUUUGCAUUUACUUCAGGAUAUCAAAUUUGCUCGUGGAGAUUUUACCGCAAGGUUUCCUAAGAGAAUUGAGCCCAACAAGGAUAAAAUUCCAGCUCAGGUUUAUGAGGCUUGUUUGAGUGAUUUUGAUGUGACCCAGAAAUAUGUGGAUUGUUUGACUGCACCUGCCAUGGGGAAAGUCCAGGUCUGUGAGUUCGUCCACAGUUUUAACUUUAAAGAUUGAUUGGAGAUAAUUUUUAGUAAUGUUCUUUUUUAAUUUGACUAUGGAAUCUGGUAAACCCAUCAUUUGUGACCUUUAAUUUGCGAAGGCAUAAAUUGUUGCUCUGAUUGGGAGACAUUGAAGUUAAAUACACUGUGGAGAUUAAAAAUGCAUGAUAUUACAUCCAGAAGAACAGUGAAAAAGGAAGUUAUAUUUCAAAUUUGUUGUUUCUAUCUAGAGAGUAGAUAGUGAUUAGUUUAACAGUUUUCUGGAUGAAGUAUAGGUUCCUUUGAACAUGAAGUUUUUCUUGGGUUCAUGAGACUUUGCUUCGGCAAGAUUGUAUGUAAUCAAUCUCUAAGUGAUCUCAUAGGCAUGGUGACUAGUGAAGUGAAUUAGCAUGGGCAAUCUUUUGGCAUGCGCUUCUGUGUCAGGUUCUGUUGUUGCAUUCUGUAGCUCUUCAGUUAUUCAUUACAUAGUACCUUGAGUUUCUAAUCAGUGUUUGUGUUGUCCACGCUGUGACGCAGAUGACAAUAUGUUCUUUAAUCAUCUUUCUGGUUUUCAAUUAAUCUUCUCUUUUCCUGAUUGAGUUCUCUAGUUAAUCUCUUUUCUCCUUACCUUUUUGAAAUAGUUCAUCUAUAAUCAUGCGCACCAGGACUACCAGGUACUUAAAAUGUGAGUCUGCAAAAGAGGUUCCCCCUCCGCUGGUGCAGACAAAAAGGGAGGAUAAAACGAAUUGCUUUUGCUGCAAAGACCUUUACCAAAUGUAAGGAUCACCAUAACCUUGGCAACCGAAGUUCAAGAUGACUAGCUCUGGCCAUUUUGAAAAUAAAAAUAAUAGACUAUAGCAGCUUGGAGGAGCAACAUGGAUGAGCUUGCACUCAACUUGUGAGGAAGCCUUGAUGUGCAUUUUUUUGCCCAACUGUCGUCAUAUAUAUUCUGACCUUCCUUGAAGAUCAAAGGAUAGAGAAGUUAUUAAUCCUAUCAUAGUACUUAUGAACAAUGUUUGGGAAGACUUCUCGGCAGUUGUGUAUAAGAUAUUGUGACAACUAUCGUUGUGCUUUAACUAAUUACUCUUAAGGUUGUCCUUUUUCUUUUUGGUUCAAGAUUCAAUCUUUGAUCUUCA